AUGGAUACAGCAGGAGAUCAAAUAGUACCGUCUACAAGCUUUUGGGUAAUGCAGUCACCAGAAUUAGAAUUUCGGCAUGAGCUGAUGGGGCGCAUAAAUAAAUUGGAAACCGAUGUCGAGCUGGACGUUGUACCGGGCAGCCAGCAUCAUCCAUCAUCCAGCUCACCACUGUCGUCGUCGGGAUUAUCCAGCUACACCAGCCAGAACUACGAGCAUUAUGGAAAGGAGUUUUUCUUCGGCAACAAACAUCGAGACAUGCUGUGCACGGAAUCGGAGGAUUCCUUUCUACGGCCACCGCUGUGGGAGGAUAUCACCAGCUCGAUACAGAACAUCGACCCCGAGAAUGCGAUCAUGCUCGGUACCAUGAACGGCAUACCGCAGGUCAAGAUGGAAGCCGUUGAUGAUCCGUUUCUGGAACCGUUGUCCUCGCCAUUGCUCAGUCCGCUCGAGAUCAAAACCGAAAAGAGCAACGCGCUGCUCGCGCAGAACGCCACCAACCAUAACAACAACCUUAGCCAUCUACACAACAACAACAGCAUUCACCAAAACCAUAUGCACAGCGACGUCACCAGCUGUCACACUAAUAGCAACAACAAUAGUAACGCCAGCAACAAUGGUAGCAAUAAUUUCCUCUCGAACAAUGGGGCCGGCUACACGCACAGCAUUGCGACAGCUCACGGUCAUCCCAACCAGCACAAUCUCAAUGGCUAUCUAGCUGGAACGAAUGGGAGUGGUUCUAGUCUGCAGCUUCUCACUAAUCACCCACCUCAGCAACAGCAGCAGCAGCAGCAGCAGCAACAUCAUCAGUCGCAACAACUGCAACAGCAGCAACAUCAGCAACAUCAUCAAUUACAACAUCCCCACCAACAACAACACCAGCAGCAUCAUCAUCAGCAACAGCAUCACCCACAGCAACAACAUCUGCAGGUGAACCAGAACAAUAACUACUAUCACUGGCAACCUCAACAACAUCAAGCCGCUGGUGGUGGAACGGCCACAUUAAGUCAACCGCCUGGUCCUAUGUACCAUGGCAAGUACGCUCCACCGCAGAAUUCCAAUGUUUGCCCAACUCCUAUUUCGAGGCUAAUGUACGUUCCUCCGUUAACACCACCGAACUCGGACCCCGGUAGUCCCGGGAAUAAUCUGCAGAACCCGCCACGUAGAACUCCACCUCCACCUUAUCAUCAGCAGCAACAACAUCAGCAACAGCAGCAGCAGAUUACACUGCAGGGCAACCACAUCCAUCACCAUACGCACGGUGGCCUGGUAGGUGCGCAGUCGGUUCCGGGUCCGAACCCAACGCAACACCUCCAACAGCUACCCGUCCAAACACCCGUCUCAAUGUCGCAACCAACGCAACCAAAUCCAAUCACGUCCAACGGUUCCCUCCAUCCUUUGCCGGGGAUGCCGAACGCGAUCGGUGCGCUUGCAACGGUUUCCGGUACAAGCAACGGAUCCGGCACUGGCAACACCGGUGGCCCACCGGUCUCCACCCGUACCGGAUCGUCCUCGCGUGGUUCUAGUUCCAAGCGGCAAAGUUCCGCACACAGCAUCAACAGCGUGCUCAGCAGUGCCGGUGUCGUGAAGCACAUCGUAGGCCGCUACAACCGUCGCAACAAUCCCGAGCUGGAGAAACGACGAAUACACCACUGUGAUUUUAUCGGUUGCACAAAGGUGUACACCAAAAGCUCGCAUCUGAAGGCCCAUCAACGAAUUCAUACCGGUGAGAAGCCGUACACCUGCCAGUGGCCAGAGUGCGAGUGGCGUUUCGCAAGAUCCGACGAGCUGACGCGUCACUACCGCAAACACACCGGCGCCAAACCGUUCAAGUGCAUCGUCUGUGAGCGCAGCUUCGCCCGCAGCGAUCACUUAGCGCUUCACAUGAAGCGGCAUUUACCAAAAAAUAAGUAA